AUGGGUCCUGGUCGCCCCCAGCCCCAGGCUCUUCUCCCCCAAAGGAGAGCGGGAGGUGACACUGGGGGCGCAGAGCGUUGUUGGAGCCCAGGGUCCUCCCGCUUCUCGAAGUUGGGUACAGUUGCCUUCCAAGGGACAGGUCGCUUCCCCCCAGCCCCUCCCUGGUGCCUGCUGCCAGAAGAACUUCCGAUCCCUUCCAAGGUCAAGGUCAAGUUGCCCUGUCUUGGGUGGCAGGAGCCCGGCCGGUCCCACCCAGGCAGUGAGCCUGGGGGCUGCUGGCAGAGCCCGAACCCCACCCAGAAGUUGCUGGGGGUGGGCGGGUCCUUGGAAGGAGACAAACUGCUCUCCUGA